AUGGAUGGGGGAGAAGACGAAGAAUCGGUUGCGGGAUCAGAGAGUGAGUGUUGUAGCAGCUGCUCUGAUGGGAUACCAUGCGCCAGCCCGGAUUGUGCUCCCUGUAGUGAACCCGAAUGCAACAGUAAAACAAUCGAAGUUAUACCCUGCAACAAGAAAGAGUGCGAACAGCCAGCUUGCACAGAUCAAUGUCUCAGUACUGGCAUUCAAAGCCAGCAGGCUCUGCUGCACCGAAGCAUCGUGCCCAGAGAGAGGGUAAUGUCAAAUUUGGUUGAGCCUCCUUGGAAUCCUCAGAAGCCUCGAGAGAAGUCUCGGAUGGGAAAGGCUUCCCUCAAUGGAAUCCUGGAUCCAGUCCUCAACAUCUUUGAUGGACCAGAGUAUGCCUCUGCUUCCGCAUCUGCCUCACCUACACCAACCACGCCAUCAAUGGGGAUCAAUGUAUCUGCACCGCAUUCUGCCAAUCCUCGAAUGCCUAGUUCUCAAUUUGGUCCAUUUCCCGGCCAAAUUGUUUAUUCCACCCAUUCAGGGGACGUCGUAUCCGGUACGGGAGCUAUGUUCAAUUCCCUGUCUCAGAUAUGGGCAGAUCAGGAGUUCACCCAAUCAAAUGAUACUAAUAGUGCUUCGAUGUUUCAAUGUACGUGGGAUGGAUGUUAUAUGCCUUUCCCGAGCUACGAAGAUUGGCUCCCGCAUCUCCAUAAGGAUCACGUCGACCCUCAGAUGGUCUUUGGAUGCCCCAUUCAAGCAGAGAACUGCCCACAGACUAUUAGCACCAAUCCUUUGGAUCAUCUGCAAACAGAUCAUGGCUUCAAUUUCGACAUGGAUACCAACAACGUUAGUUGUCCCGCUCCAAAUUGCCUUCCCACAGAGACCUUUUGCGAUCCAGCGAUGCUUCAUAACCAUUUCGACCAUGCUCAUGCUACUCCAGCUCAGGGAGGUCUGCGAUGUCGUCUAGAAAAGACAUGCGACUUCUUCGGGGAUUAUAGCCAGCUUGUCUCCCAUAUCAACGAGGAGCAUCAGCUCCCUCUUGUACUAAAAGAUGAGGACAUUGACCUCUCGCUACCCACAGCACCAGGUCCAACCGCACCGAUCCAAUCCGACCAUUCAUCAAUAGAAAACAUUUUAGAUGCUGAGAUUGGUGGUACGUCUUCUGGCGAUGAGACAGUCCACGGGUGCAUGUGGAAGGUGAACAACCAAGUUUGUGGUUUAAUAUGCCAAUCAGAAGUUGAGCUUCAAACCCACAUCAAGUGCAGCCACCUUGAUUCUCUUGAUAAACGUUCAGGUUACAAGUGUCUGUGGGAAGACUGUAAACGAAAGGAGAUGCCGCGCGAGAAACAAGGGUUUUCACAAAGGGGAAAGCUCGAGCGGCACAUGGCUACUCACACGAAUUUCAAAUGUUCCAUAUGUGAUGUGUGUGGUCAAAAGUUUUCUGCUCCACAGUCAAUGAAGCAGCAUCGACUCCUUCAUACUGGCGAGAAACCAUGGAAGUGCAAACAUUGCGGCAAAGCAUUUCCGCAACAAAGUGCAUGCACUAUACACGAGCGAACACACACGAAUGAGAAGCCUCUGGAAUGUUCAAUUUGUGGCAAGAAAUUCUCCGAGUCUUCAAAUUUGUCUAAACAUCGAAAGAUUCACGGAGAGAAAGGGCUGCAUGCAUGUAACUUCGAGGGAUGUGGCAAGUCAUUUCACCGUUUGGAUCAGCUGAAGCGUCACGCAAUUACGCAUGAGAGGUAG